AUGCCUGGAUCUGCUAGAACCGUGUCACAUCACACAAAGGGUCUGAGGAAAAAGUUGUACUGCGGCUUGGGAGGUGCUCAGAUGCCCUAUUCCCGGCUGCUGGCUAGUCAGUUAGGUGACUGCAAGUCUGGACCCCGAAUUCAGACCGACCUGAGCAUGAACCCUACUGCCAAAUGCCAUUUGGACAGUUUCAAGUGGCAGUUUCUUUGGGACCACUGCAAUACGUGCCUGACCCACAACUCUCCGUCUUUGAGAAAAACACACUGCAGUGGUGGGAAACAUACAGAGAAUGUGAGAGACCACUGUCAGAAACGGAUGGACGAGCAGGCUCAGAGGCCGACUGACCAAACAACGGCUGCAUUUCAUCAAGGAAAGGUAUCUCCCACUCCGUUCUCCGCUCCUCCUUCGGCAGGGGCCAUGAUGCCAGCUCUACCCAGUCUCCUGGGCCCUCCUCAUGCUGCCACGAUGCCAGCACCCCACAGAGGAAGCCCUCCCACUAUGCCAGUGAGGAGCCCCUCUUCCUGGGAUGCUGCCGGGGGACCUGCUCCUGCAAUGAGGGCACCCACGGGAGGCCACGUGCCAGUGAUGCCUGGGCCUCCACUGAUGCCACCGCCUGCUCGGCCCAUGAUGGUGCUCACUCGGCCAGGAAUGAUUCGACCGGACAAAGACAGAGGGGUGACCUCUUUUUACCAGUUUUAUAUUACUUGUCCUACUUCGCCAGACUCGGGUGCUCUCUAACAGCAUGACAAGGAAGACCUGCUUCUUGCUUCCCCUUCCUAUCAAACGGAGAAGAGUUUUGAAAGGAGAAGUGGGAUUAGACAAAAGUGCACAAAGUACAGUUUCAUUUGUAUUGUGAAAUGUGAACUUA